AUGUCCGUUCGCAUAUAUGGGCUCGCUUCGGAGAAUAGCGUCGAAGCCCUCGCCCGUCGCACCGAAGCCGACCUCAUCUGGACCCCGGUGCUCCUGGGCGCCAUCUAUCGGGAGACCGCCGCUCCGCAGGGCGCCGCGGGCUCAGCGUCGGACGUCUUCAACCCGACCAAGAAACGGCUCACGUCGCGUGCUCUGCGGCGGACCCUGCAGCGUAACAACGUGGAGCUGAAUUGGCCUUCCGUCCACCCCCGCAGUCCCGUCCUAGCUCUGCGUCUGCUCUACCAUGUGGCCGUCGAGGCCCGCCCGGCGCUCUCGCACGCGCUGUUUCGCGCGUACUGGGUCGAGGACCUCGACAUCACCGACAAAUCGGUGCUCCAGGAUGUGGCCCGGCGAAGUGGCGUCCGGCUCUCUGAGGCGGCCUUUGACGACAAAAAUGCCCAGGACGCUCUCCGUGCGGCGACUGCAGAAGUAAUUGCGCGCGGAGCGCCCGGAGUGCCUGCAUUCUGGGUGGAUGAGGAGGAGUGGGUGGACGAUACGGAUGGCAAGGCGCACCGCGGCCGCCUCUACUGGGGCCAAGAUCGGAUGCACUUCGUGGAGGCUGCGCUCCAUGCGCUGAAACGCCGUGGCGACUACGCCCAAGUGCCCAACCUGGCGAGUCUGCAGCCCCGGUGCGUGCAGGGGCAUCCAGCGACCGGCCAGAAACGGGUCGAGUUCUGGUUCGACUUUAGCAGCCCCUGGGGGUUCCUUGGGUGGACGCAACUGGACCGGCUGAGGAGACAGUUUGGACCCGAGGUCGAGAUUGUCAUGAAGCCCUUUUUGUUGGGCGCGCUGUUCAAAGCAGUUGGCGCACCGAAUGUCCCCAUGGAAGCCACCUCGCAGGCCAAAAGAGCCUACAUGCGUAAAGACUUGGAUGACUGGGUCCGUCAUUGGAACGGCGUGAACCAGCAGCGCGGAUCCCACGACAAGCCCGUGCAGUUCCGCUGGCCCAGCCACUUUCCCAUCCGGACGCCCACGGCCUUGCGCUGCGCAAUUGUGGAUCCGUUCCUUGUGCCCCUGCUCUUCCGAGCCUGCUGGGAGCGCGACAUCAAUGUAUCCGACGACAAGGUCUUGGCUUCAUACCUCGCAACGGCGGGCUGCGACGCCGCGGCCUUGCUCAAGAAGGCAUCCUCACCUCAAGUGAAGGACAUCUUGCGAAACAACACCCAAGAAGCCGUCGAGGCCGGGAUCUGUGGCGUCCCAUCGUAUCGCGUGUUUGAGAAGACGGAUCAAGGAUGGGUGGCGGAUGGGGUCGAAGGGGGUGUCAUUUGGGGUCAAGAUGAGCUGAUCGUCGUGGAGGACCUGGUCGCCGGUUGGAAGCAGCAGGAAAGCUCGGUCGGAGGCUAUGACAGACCACCAGUCUCUCGGUUGUAA